UCGCUCCCUCCCUCCCGCGGUCGUUCCCUCCUCCUCCCUCCCUCCGUAGCUGGCUGGCCCGGCGGGCGGCUGUGGGGUCGGUCUGGGAGCGCGCCUCGGCCGCUCCUCCUGCGCCGCCGGAGUCGGGCGCACGGACCGAACGGAGCGAGGCCGGGGACCAGGCCAGCGGGGCCGAGGCCGUGCCGGGCGGCCUCGGAUAGGCCCGCGCCUUCCGCCGCGGGCCGCCAUGGCCGCGUCUCCCGGCUCGGGCGGCGCGAACCCGCGCAAGUUCAGCGAGAAGAUCGCGCUGCACACGCAGCGUCAGGCCGAGGAGACGCGGGCCUUCGAGCAGCUCAUGACGGACCUCACGCUGUCCCGGGUUCAGUUUCAGAAGCUUCAGCAACUACGUCUCACACAGUCUCGGAACCAGUACCAUGGAGGGUCAUUACCCAAUGUGAACCAGCUGCGCAGCAGUGCAGCAGAAUUUCAGCCAUCAUUUCACCAGGUUGAUAACAUUCGAGGAACACGUCAUCAUGGGCUUGUGGAAAGAGUCUCCCGGAAUCGCUUCCAUCCCUUGCACCGAAGAUCUGGGGAUAAACCAGGGAGACAAUUUGAUAGCAGUUCUUAUGGAGCCAGUUACCCUGCCCAGCCCGGGGAUGAGAGCUGGAUGAGGCAGCAGCCUCCUUGGAAGGAAGAGAAGCAGCCCGGAUUCAGGCUGACAUCUGCACUUAACAGGACCAAUUCAGACUCUGCUCUUCACACCAGCGCCUUAAGCACCAAGCCACAGGACCCCUAUGGAGAAGGUGACCAGUCUUCCUGGCCUGCCCAAUGCAUGGGUUUCUGUGAUGGUGAGAAUGAUGGAUUUGGAGAAGUUAUUCCUUUCUCCAGCCCUGUGAAAGAGGAGAAUCUGCUGAACGUUCCCAAGCCACUGCCAAAACAGCUGUGGGAGGCCAAGAAGAUUCAGUCCCUUUCAGCUCGCCCUCGAUCCUGUGAUGUGGGAGGUGUCAAUGCCUUUCCACAUAAUGGCCAGAACACAGGACUAGCUCCUUUUCUGGGGAACCUCAACACUGGAGGGUCAUUACCUGACUUAACCAGCCUUCAUUCCUCAUCCCCUCUGCCAACAUCUUUGGAUCCUGACGGCCACUGGUUUGGCAGUAUGAGUGUUGGCAAUAGUGUGGGAAAUCUUCCAGCUGCUAUGACUCAUCUGGGGAUUAGAAGCUCUUCAGGUCUUCAAAGUUCUCGGAGUAACCCCUCCAUCCAAGCCACACUGAAUAAAACAGCACUUUCUUCCUCCUUAAACAUCUGCCCACAGACAUCUGUUCACAGUGCCUCAGCUCUUCAGCCGUCACUCCGUCUGUUUUCACUUAGCAACCCUUCUCUUUCUACCACGAGCUUGAGCGGCCCAAGUCGGCGUAGGCAGCCUCCAGUGAGCCCUCUUACACUCUCCCCAGGCCCUGAGACACCUCGAGUUUUCAGCAGACAGUUUUCCUCCACUAGCCCCCUGAACCAGCUGCCUACCUCCCAGGUUGUUCCUUCUGAUAGAAGUCCCCUUUCCUUCCUUCCUACAGAAGCUCAAACCCCACUACCACCACCUUAUCCCAUGCCCCAAGAGCUCCCUGAGCACCCCCUGCAGCAACCCAGAGCCCCAGAACAAGCCCACGUCCAGCAGCCCCAGCUCUCUUCUCCACCACCACAUUCAGAUUUUGAGCUCUUCUCUCCCCAUAGCUCUUCUUUGACCAGCUUUUUCCCAGAUGCAUGCUUUGAACAACAGGCCUUAAGGCAAGGGCCAGCCUUUUCUCAACAGGCAGCUGUGAUGGAGCAGGCUCAGAGAGGGCUGCAGAACUCUGUUCAGCUGCGACCAAAUUUCCUGUAUUCCAGUUGUGGGAGUUUCCCAAACACCGUCCUAACUGAAGACACAAAUGCCAGUCUGUUCAAAGACCUCAGUAGCGCGUUGGCAGGCCUGCCAGAGUCGAACUUUAAUACAGACAGUCUUUUUCCUUUGGAUGAUGAAUUCCAGAUUGAACCCCUGAGCUUGGAUGGACUCAACAUGCUAAGGGACCCGAGCAUGGGGUUGCCGGACCCCUCCGUGGAGGAGACAUUUCGAUCUGACCGCCUGUGAGCAGGAGGUUGGGCUAGAGCAGCAGACUGUGUCUGAAGCCAUGCUGCAGAAGUGGUCCCCACCAGCACUGGAGCCAGCCCCCAGGAUCCAGCAGGGCAGGACCAGCUCCUCACCUUGGAGGCUUCAGGCGGGGGCCAGACACAGCAGCCGUCUCACUGGUGCUGAGGCCAUCAGCCAAGUGAGGCCCUGUGUCUGGGGGCAGCUGCUCUGGCGGGACAGAUGCCUCUUUCUGAAGAGCUCACUCGCCAUCAGCACACCUGGAGCUCCGCGGUAGAAAAAUCGCACCUGGCGGGAGCUGUUGCCAUCGGCUUAGCAUUUGGUCUGUGGGACUGUAGCUGGGCAAUGAGUUCUCAGCCAGCUGGCGCUCUGGUGACCGGUGGAUGACAGCCCAGUGUACAGAGAGCAGCAUUGCUGUUUGAGAUCCCGUGAUUCAUUUUUCCAAAGAAAGACAGGGAGCCCCAACCCGGGUUUUAACUGGGCAAACUGAAUGUUAAUUUGUCUUCUCUCUCUAUCUCAAUACCCCCGCUGCUUCUGUGUAUUUUUCAUGUGGCACAGGAAGGACAAUGUUAAUUGAUCACUGAGAAAACAGUGGCCGAGGAGAGAAAAGACGAUAGGGUACUCUGAGAUUAGCCAGCCGACUGCAGGAGAGUAGACUCAGUGGGAGGUUAGCAUUCUGGAUCUGAUUCCGUCUCAGCAGCAGGAUAUCCCUGGGCAGAGCUCCCUCUUUGUGCCAAGGGUGGUCAUGCCAAUCUGCCUUGCUGGUGGCUAAUCUUAUAAUGCGGCAAUCCCCAAAGACCCGUCCAGCCUUGCUUCCUGCCCACUGUUUCCUGAUCUUUUAUUUCUUUAUAUCACUUAGCUUGUGGUUAAGUGUGCACACUAACAUGUGUGUGUCAUUAGACAGCAGAGUCCUACUUGAGUAAAGCCAGCAGGUUCUCUUUGGGAGUCACAUUCCACAAAGUGCAGUGGGGCUCAGGUUUCAGCUAGUCUCCUGAGUGCCUGAGCAUUCUGGGAGCCAGGGCUGGCCUUAGGUAGAAAGAGAAUCAGCACUGCAGAUUGAGCGGGGUUUGAGGGGCUCUGAGAAGUCAUUGCCACAAAAAAUGCUCCCCAUAGAUCUGUGUAGAUAUUGCUUUGGUUUCCUUAAUUAGAGAUUCAUUCCUUUGGGUCAGGAUACUAUAUUCCACAUUAAAACCAUUGUCAGUCAAUAACACCUUAAUAGAUAGUAAUUUAGUAGAAGUUUUUUCCCCUGGGAGAACUCCUUGAGAGUUGGGAAAUGCAGCGAGUGGGUUUUGAUGGGUCCAGACCCCUUGGACAGUGGCAGGGGAUGUGGACUGAGCGAGCUCCCUCCAAAGAAGCCAGGGAUGGUUGAGAACACGAGAGCCCUGGACGGAUGGGCAGGGGAUGAGAGGUGCCCUGGAAACAAGGGCCUCUUACCCAUUCCCAGCCUAACCUUUUUGUAGCUGUGCCUAGGUCCAGCAAUAUUGCAGUCUCCUUCAAAAGGGCCACAGUUCUACUCACAUUGAAUGGGCUGGUGAAUCACCCCAUCUGUCCUUGUAGUCACAAAGAUUUUUAUCCUAACAUCUUGGAUGGCUCAGCUCUGCAGAGAGGAGAGCUGUUCAUCAUUGGCAAACAUGAGGAGUCAGCCUUGAGCAGAGUGGGGCUGAAGGGGCUCAAAUUCCUCAAAGCUUGCCCGAGGAGAAAGUCCCUUAGUUUCUCCCUGAUGCCUCCAAGGCUCCAUCUUCCCCGUGGCCCUCAUUCUAUCAGACUAGUCAGACACCUGCUGGCCAUACGGGAAGCCCUCCAGAAAUUUAACUGGGACGAGGGCUAGGCAGGUUAAUGAGAACAGUUCUUUGUAUUCUUCAAAUUUGAGUUCUCAGGGUAAAAUUACAGUAGUGUGCCUUCCAUCAUAAUUUAAAUAACUGCUACUAAAUCACCAGCGUGCCUGAAAAAAGCCUCAUCGUGUCUGACACUCCUAAACUGAAGAUGAAAAGAAAGUGACCAGUGAUCUGGUCAACCUCCCUUAGACCUAAUCAAGGAACAUUUGCACAAACAUGCACACGUACACAUACAUACCCUAUUACAGAUGUAUAAAAGAAAAAGAUUGCAGUCCAGUGUCCCUCUCCCCACCCUUUCCAGGCUCCUAUGCAGCGUGCCUUUCUCCCAAAGAGGUCCCAGUGCUCCACGUGGUGACCCCAACUUCGCACAAUUGGAGACCCAGGCACCUGAGGAGAGGAAGUGUACUGCUUGUAGAGAACAAUCAGGCAAAGUGUGCCUUCCAGAGCAGCUGUUCAUUAUUUUGUGGAGUCUAAUGGUGAGAACAUUGCUCAGCACUGAACUCAGUUUGUUCUGACAUCUGGAUCUUUUUUUUUGGUAAGAGAUUUGGGGCGUCAUCAAACCUGCCUCCCUUAGAUUGUAUGAAGGAUGUACCACACAGUCAGCAGGGGUCAGCAGCCAGCUGGCCAGAUCCCUGCCUGGAAAGCAGCUGUGUGCUUCACAGUCGACUCUUUGUCAACAUUCGGUUAAGUGGAAAGAAAUCACCUAUUUUGUUAUUCUCUCUUACUGGCGGUUAUGGCAUAGAACUGAAGUGUCUUCUAGCUCCCACUCGUUUCUCACUCUGCAGUUGUGGACUUUCAGUUGCCCACUGGUAGAAGAGGACUUGCUUGGUGACUUCAAGGUUAAAUCUCCAUUGUCUAUAACUUUCUUUCUUCUAAAUCUACAGUGUAUUAUCUGAAAUAAAAUGCGCCAUAUCUGACCACAUCUGUAUCUUUGAAGACCUUUCUGGUAUUUGUUAUUUUAAUUGGCUCUUGUAAUUUGUGCACAGAUGGUUCUGAGUAUAUUUCAGACAUUUCAGAAAGGGACCAUCCCUCCUACUAAUUGGACUUUCCGGUUACCUAACUUCUGAGCUCCACAUUCGAUUAUAUUUUUAAAAAAUUGCAAUUUGUAUAAAGUAACUUCUAAGUUUUAUAACGCAUUGUUUUACAUCUUUCAUAAUUAAAAGCAGCACAAUAAAGUUCUGUACUUGCA